AUGGACGGGGAUAACUUCACAUUAUGUCCCGUAUCAGAGGCUUAUAAAAGGAUCACGUUUCCCCUGGCGUACGGCCUGGUGUUUGUGUUUGGGCUGACGCUCAACGGGACGGUGCUGUGGUUUGUGUGCGGCAGAACCAAGACGUGGAGCUGCUCGGUGAUCUUCCUGGCGAACCUGAGCGUGGCGGACCUGCUGUACGUGCUGCCGCUGCCGCUGCUGGCCGCGAGCUACGCCAUGGGCGACACCUGGCCGUUCGGCAACGCCGCCUGCAAGGCCGUGCACUUCCUGUUCUCGCUGAACCUGGGGGGCAGCGUGACGUUCCUCGCCUGCAUCAGCAUGCACCGCUUCCUGUGCGCUCGCCACCCCGCCGCCGCUACGCGCUGCCGCGCCCGCCGGGCCGCCACCCUCACCUGCGCCGCCGUCUGGCUGCUGGUCGCCGUGGAGACCGCGCCCACGGCGAUCUUCGCGCACUCCGGCUUCAUAAACAACACGACUGUGUGCUUCGACAUGACCGGCCCGACGGGAUUCAGCCGCUACCUGCCCUACGGCCUGUUCGUCACGGCGGUGGGCUUCCUGCUGCCCUUACUGGUCAUGGUCACAUGCUACUGCCUCACUGCGCGGACGCUGUGCCAGGCCGGGGGGGGCGUGGGGGGGGGCGCAGGGCGGAGCGCGAAGGCCAUGCGCUCCAUCCUGGCGCUCUGUCUGCUCGGCACGCUCUGCUUCCUGCCCUACCACGCCAUGCGGGUGGCAUACCUGCUGGUGCGCGUCCACCAGCCCGCCAACUGCAGGCUGCUCAGCCUGGUGAUGCUCUGCUACAAGAGCUGGAGGCCCGUGGUCAGCCUGAACUGCUGCGUGAACCCGGCGCUGUACUGGUCCUGCUCCACCCGCCAGCGCAGGAGCCUCCUCGCCCGGCUGUGCAGCCGGAGGGUCCGCCCGGCCGCCUGCGCCGCGCGCCGCGCGCCCGCAAGGCAUUAUGGGAAAGGAGAACGGCCCGACGGAGCUGCCGGGACACCACCGGGGUGCGCUUUCCCAGAAUGCACCAGGCGAGAAGCCUGA